AUGGAAACAGACGGAAUCCCACUCGCGCUCGCAGACAACCUGCUCUCCCAGAUAUCAGGGGCCCUGGAAGAUACACUAUUGCACUCACUCGCAGCACCAUCACCGACCAGAGGUCCAAUUGAUGGCCUGGCCGACAACAUCAAGGAGUUCGUCCCAAUGUAUUUCGCUUCCAUCCUAGUCCCCCCCGAAAACAUAUCCUCCGAUAUCGUAUGGAAGGAAGUGGUCAGCCAGGCAUUGGAUGUCGAGUCCAGAAUAAAGCUGCACGAGUUAAUUGUCCUCAUCCAAGACCAACCAGAAGCUGUCGAACGAGCACGUAUCUUUGAACGUGUAUACGGACUCCUAGACAUCAUCCUCGAAUGCCAAGAGCAAGGUCUCGCAAAAGAUUCCGCGGCUCUACAAGCUGUCGAAGAUCUCGUCGAUGCAUUGCCAAUCCACUUGAUUGACUAUGUAUUCGAUUAUCUGGAUUCCCGUUAUGCUCGGAUUGUUACCAACAUUAACCCAAAGACUGGUCGUGGCUUGACGCUUCUCAGACUGUGCAAUGAGGCGUUAAGGAGAUUGGAAAAGACUACUCAUGCUUCCACUUGUGGGAGAAUAUUGAUGUUUGUUGCGGCCGUGUUUUCAGUCACCGACAAAUCAGGAAACAAUAGUCAAGGAAAAUUCAAUACUGAUAAUGUAACGUACGUUGAAGAUCAACCCUAUACUAUGGAAGUCGAUGGAGUCCGUGAUGAUUGGGACUUUUAUCGCCAAUUCUGGAAUAUUCAGAAAUUCUUCUCAAAUCCACCAAUGAUAAUGGAAGGGGACACGUUUACUACUUUCAAAAAUGAUGUGGAUGCGAUAUUGAAAGAGUUUGAAAACUUGGAGAGAAAAGAUGCUCCCGCUACUCCAGACAGGAACAGAGACAGCGAUUCGCGAAAACGAAAGCGUGAUCGUGAACAUCAUGAAUCGUCAGAACCUCCUGCUUCUACUUCGACAUCGACUAGUAGCCGAUCAUUCACUACAGACUUUUUCUCACCGAAGUACUUGACAAGUCAUACAUUGUUUGAUCUUGAGUUACGAGAUCCAAACUUUCGACGUCAAAUCCUACUACAACAUCAUAUCGUUCUUAAUUUCUUAGCAUCGUAUGGAGCCAAAGCCAAAGAGAUCGAGUUCAAGUACUUGGCGGAAACCCCUCUGCAAGCCAAUGCAAGGAUUACGGCUUUAUAUACUCCUACCUUGAAUGCUGAUCAAGAACAAUGGAUUAGUGAUGCCAUCAAGAGAGUCAACAAAAUGCUAGACAGGAUGAAGGAAAAGAAGACAACUAUUACAGCCAAAGCUAUUAUGAUGCAUGAAAAGAGCUGGACACGAUGGAAACUUGUAAGUUGCCCACCAUACGAUGAGAAUUUGAAGCCCGAUCCGUUGCCGGUCAUAAGGCCAACGUUAUAUAAAAAAUCAUUUGAUCCAGUUCCACCAGUGCAAAAGGGUAACAAGAAAGGCAUUGAAGCUCGUGGAAAGACCACGGAAAUCGUACUAGUGGAAAAUCACUUGGCAAAACUGAAUGAUGCCAUUGAUCCGCUGGGAGAAGUCAAGGCUGGCAAACGGUCUGAAGCAUCGAAUGAGAUGUUUAUAUGGCGUACAUUACGAUUGGCUCGUCGACAAGUCUUGGCCCACAUCCAUGGAUUGAAGGAGGGUAAAGAUGCUGGGUCUCCUGUUGCAAUGUUGAUGCAUUUGAGAAAGAUGACUCCUACUUUGUAUGGCUUGCCACCAAACCCAACACUACCACCAGAAGGCAAUGCCGCAACACAAGAUGCCAAUGCUGAUGCAGAGCCAGAACCGAAUGACGGAGGUGCCGACACCGAAUCUGGGCUAGAUGAAGCAGAAGGAGGAUAUAGUAGUAAGGUUGUCACCGAUGAUAUGGUUGUUGAUAAUGAUGUGAAACCUGAAGAAGGUGGUGAAGGUGUUGCUGCUGAUGGUGAUGAUGAGAAUGGAGAAAGAAGUGCUAAAAUGUUGAAGGUUGAGUAA